CGCUACUAAGAGCGCGUGACGUCACCAUGCGCUUCCGCCGCCGCCGGCUCCCAGUCUCCGGUUGCCCUUUAACUCCCUCCGGUGGCGGCUCUUAGUCUCCUUCGCCCGGGCCAAACCUGUGAGGAGGUCUCAAGAGCCAGGAAAUGGACUCUGUAGCCUUUGAGGAUGUGUCUGUGGACUUCACCCAGGAGGAGUGGGCUCUGCUGGAUCCUUUGCAGAAGAAGCUAUACAGAGAUGUGAUGUGGGAAACCUUCAGGAACCUGGCCUAUAUAGGGAGCAAAUGGGAGGACCAGCAAAUUAAAGAUCAGUACAAAAAACAAGGAAGAAAUCUAAGAAGUUAUUUGAUACAAAGACUCUGUGAAAGUAAAGAAGAUGGUCAGUAUGGAGAAACCUUGAGCCGGAUUUCAGAUCCCACUAGGACCAAGAAAACCACUGGAGUAAAACCAUAUAAAUGUAGUGUUUGUGGAAAGGGCUUCAUGCUUCAUUCAUCCCUUACUAGGCACAUUAAAUCUCACCCUGGACAUGAACUUGAUGGGUUUCGAUAUGGAGAGAAGCCAUAUAAAUGCAAGGAAUGUGGGAACACCUUCAGUUAUCUCAAAUCCUUCCAAAGACAUGAAAGGAAUCACACUGGAGAGAACCCCUAUAAAUGUAAACAGUGUGGGAAAACCUUCAUAUAUCACCAGCCCUUUCAAACACAUGAACUCAUGCACAUUGGAGAGAAACCCUACCAAUGUAAGCAUUGUGGGAAAGCUCUCAGUUCUCCCAGUUCUCUUCGAAUUCAUGAAAGGAUUCACACUGGAGAGAAGCCCUAUGAGUGUAAGAAAUGUGGGAAAGCCUUCAGCUGUCCCAGUUCUAUUCAAAUCCAUGAAAGAACCCACACUGGAGAGAAACCCUAUACAUGUAAGGAAUGUGGGAAAGCCUUCAUUUCCCGAACAAGUGUUCAGACACACAUGAUAACACACAAUGGAAAUAGACCUUAUAAAUGUAAGGAAUGUGGGAAGGCAUUCAUUCGUCCCAGUUUUUUACGCGUACAUGAACGAAUUCACACUGGAGAAAAACCCUACAAAUGUAAACAAUGUGGUAAAGCCUUCAGAUGCUCUACUUCCAUUCAGAUUCACGAAAGAACUCACACUGGAGAGAAACCAUAUAAAUGUAAGGAAUGUGGAAAAGCCUUCAGCGCUCGCCCUGCCUUCCGAGUACAUACGAGAGUGCAUACUGGAGAGAAACCCUAUAAAUGCAAAGAAUGUGGGAAAGCCUUCAGUCGCCUCAGUUAUUGUCGGGUACAUGAAAGGACUCACACUGGAGAAAAACCUUAUGGAUGUAAAAAGUGCAGGAAAACCUUCAACUAUCCUCUAGAUUUGCAAAUACAUGAAAGAAAUCACACUGGAGAAAAACCUUAUGAAUGUAAGGAAUGUGCAAAAGCCUUCAUUUCUCUUGAAAACUUUCGAAGACACAUGAUAACACACACUGGAGAUGGACCUUAUAAAUGCAGGGAAUGUGGGAAGCCAUUCAUUUUCCUCAGUGCAUUGCGAACACAUGAAAGAACUCAUACUGGAGAGAAACCUUAUGCAUGUAAACAGUGUGGGAAAGCAUUCAGUUGUUCUAGUUAUGUUCAGAUACAUGAAAGGACUCACACUGGAGAGAAACCCUAUGAAUGUAAGGAAUGUGGAAAGGCUUUUAUAUACCCCACAAGCUUUCAAGGACACAUGCGAAUGCACACAGGAGAAAAACCUUAUAAGUGUAAACAGUGUGGGAGAGCCUUUAGUCUUCGCAGUUCCUUUCAAAGACACGAGAGAACUCAUAGCAGUCAGAAACAUUUUGAAUGUAAGCAAUGUGGAAAAGGCUUUACUUUGUUCUCAUCCUUAAAUAGACAUGUGAGAUUGCACAGUAGAUAGAAAUCCAGUGAGAUGAUGGGGGAACAUUUUCAGUUUCAACAAAUGGUUUUCAGGCAUGACUUCCCACUGUGGAAAAAUCCUAUAAAUAUAAGUAAUGUAGGGCUCUAGGUCCAAAGUAAUUCAUGUAUGUCUUAGUUGCUUUUUCAUUGCUAGAACAAAACAACACCUCCACAAAUUAAAAGGAGGAACAGCUUAUUUUAGCUCACAAUUUGUAGAGGUUUCAGUUGGCUCCAAGGCAGGGCAUUGUGGGUGUAAGCCUGUUGAUUGGUACCACCCACAAUCAGGGUGGAGCCUCCCUCCAGUAAAUACAGCCAUACCUAGAACAAUGCUAAUCCAAUUUUUUUAUUUUUUUGGUACCCGGGAUCAAACUCGGGUCCUUGUGCUUGUAAGGCAGGCAGUGAAACCACUGAGCUAAAUACCCAGCCUGUAUGCUAAUACGGUUUAACUAUGCUGAUAUUCCCUUAAUCGAUAUUCACACACCCUAGAUCCAGCCAUCUCUGAAAAGCCUCACCUAUAUGUUGGCCUAGAAAAUUCAAAAUGUGAAAGAAAUGCUAUAAAACUCAAAUAUUUAUAUUACUAGUUCUUUGGGGUUUGGUUGGUUGGUUGGUUUUUUGGUUGUUGUUGUUUUGAGGUUUUAGGGAAUGAACCUAGGGCUGUGUAUUGUGUGCUCUACCAUUGAGCUACACCCCCAGCUCAGUGGUGGACUGUGUACCCAGCAUGUACAAGGCUCUAGAUUUGAUCUCCACAGCAAAAGAAAACCAGCCAGAAGUGGUGGCACAUGCCUGUAAUCUCAGCACUUGGGAGGCUAAGGCAGGAGGAUUGCUGCAGCUUGAAAGGCGGGUUGAAGUACAUUGUGGAUUCAAGGCUAACCUGAACUACAAAAUGAGACCAUGUCUCAACAAAAAAGAACGAGCAUUGCAUAGGAGUUCACUUUCCUACUGUGUUACUGACUGCCCUCCCCCACUCCUUCCAUGUGAAGAUAAUUGCUUCCUCUUGUCAGGCAGUUAUGGAUUCUCGUUACUGCUGAAUGCACUCCCUCAGAACAUUUCCAUGUAUGCUCAUUUGUGAUUGAAAACAAUGUGUAUUUUUCUUGUGAAGCAAAAUCUGUAAAUAUUUCGUAGAAAUAUUGUACUGUUUUCAAGCAACUUGUACAUUAACAAAUAUUACUGUCUUUCCCGUUUCCUGAGAGGUUAUAUUAAAAUAUGCCAUUGCAUGUAUGAAUAUUCAAACCAAC